AUGAGUGCAGUGCACUCUGUGCCUGUCGUGCAUGGGGAUAUAACAGGGGCAAAUAUACUAAUUGACGAGGGAGGCCGGGCGAAGCUAAUCGAUUUUGGUCUUUCCACCGUUAUCGCGCCCCUUUUCGGCCAGCCACACUUGGCUGUAACAUCGAUACAUCCAGGCGCAAUCCACUACGCAGCACCAGAACUUCUAUCAGAUGAUGCCAAUUUCAAUGGCCUACCUUUGGAAAAAACCGACAUCUACUCGUUUGGUUGUGUAAUGCUUCAAAUUCUCUCGGGUCAGCACCCUUGGUCUGAGAUCAAGUGUCAAACCCCGGAAUUCCGUGUCUAUGGUUUGAAACGCCAAGGUCAUAGUGCGCAGCGUCCCAACGGCCACCCUGCAAUAAUGGACUCAGAUUGGGACAUGAUUCAAAAAUGUCUGCGAUCAAAAUUUGAACUUCGGCCUUCAGCA